GGCAUGGAGCGAUUUGUUUGUUUCCCCUAUAGCUUGUAUCAGGGGUAUGGAAACCCACUGGCCAUGGGGAGACCUGGCCUCCCCAGGCAGAAGCAGCCUGGGCCUCCCACUUUCCUUGUGGGCCCGGGGCAGGUGCCAGCCAACCCUGGUGACUAUUUGGACAGUUACAAGAGGGCACAGCUCAAAGCCAUUCUAUCUCAGGUGAACCCCAACAUGAGCCUGCGGCUGUGCAAAGCAAACACCAAAGACGUAGGGGUGCAGGUGAGCCCUCGGGCAGAUAAGUUCAUCCAAUGCUCCCUAGGGCCUCGGACCCUACACAGCAGCUCCCCCGUGGAAGGUAGCAGCCCCGCUGGCCUCUCCACACGGGGCUUCUAUUCUCCAGUGUUGGGUCGGGGGCUCCUGAUCCGCCUGAGCAAACAAGAAGGCCAGGGGAAAGGGAAGGUGUCCUCAGAGGUCGGGGUGUCUGGACCUCAGAAACCCUUUUCACCAGAGCCUGAAGGGACCAGGGAGGCAGAGGAACAGCCACCACAGGUGGAAGAGCAGCCUCAGGAGGAGGGGGUUGAAUUGACUGCCUCCCUGGAGCAAGACACCCAAGAUGGAGAGGUAGAACAUCAGAAGGAGGGAACCACUCUUCCCAAGAAGCCCACUUUCCAGUUUUUAGAACAGAAAUAUGGCUACUUUCACUGUAAAGACUGCAAGACCAGGUGGGAGAGUGCUUAUGUUUGGUGUAUUUCUGGAAGUAAUAAGGUUUAUUUCAAACAACUCUGUCGCAAGUGCCAAAAGAGUUUUAAUCCUUAUCGAGUGGAAGGGAUCCAGUGCCAGACUUGCUCAAAGUCUCGCUGCUCCUGUCCUCAGAAGAAAAGACACAUUGACCUAAAGAGGCCUCAUCGGCAGGAGCUCUGUGGCCGCUGCAAAGACAAGAGACUCUCCUGUGAUAAUAUUUACAGCUUUAAGUACAUUGUCUGA